AUGUCCCUGGAAUCACUUCCAGUUAUGAACUUCAUCCACUGCGACCCUUCAGUCGGAAGUAGUUCUCGUAUUUUUCAAAUUCUCAAAAUAGAUUUUCUAAAAUACAAUAUGAACAUUUUCGCACAAUUGUUUGGCAAGUGGAAUAUGCAGAACGGUGAUCUCUCGAUCGCCAAUCGUAUUGUUCGAAGAUUUAAGAAUCAGCAGCGUCAUUUCAUUCACUUUGCCGAGCUGUGUCACUUGACACGACUCCUUCGCAAAGCGAGCACCGGUCGCAGCAAUUUUUGCCUGAAAUAUGUGGCUCGCGGCAUGGAGGCAACGGAGAAGAAUCAAUGCCUUAACCGCAACUGUAUAGACUUCUUUCUCCUUGCGCUCAGCUUCUGGGUCAAGGAAAUUCGCGUAAUCCGUGCUUUGUCCGUCAAUUGCUGGAGACAUUGUGAGCGGCAAAUGUUGACCGGACACUUCGUCAAACUGACAGCUCUCAUUAUGGUUGUUCUUGCACGGAUCCUAUAUCCAAUGGAAUUUGCGCCGUACGUAUCAUUCGAUGAACUCUAUGCCAACUUUGACUCCUUCAGUAAAAUUGCCCAAACCAAGGAACUCAACGUGAGAAUACUUGGACUUAUUUCAGCGUAUGAAGUCGAGAACGAUACCGUGGAGCUACUAUCACCUGUGAGACUGGACAGUCUGCCUUGCAUGCUGGUUGACGUCUCCUUGCUCCCUGGUGACUUUAAGCGCAGUCUCACGGUAGACGCCGGUUUGAGUAGAUUGAUCCAAUUCAUUGGAACCUUAUCUCUGUGCCCAAGUAACGAAAACAUUUGGCGUCUGCGCGCUCUAACCCACACAUUUAUGGAUGGUGUGGAUAUGAGGUCCUACGGAGAAGUUGUGCGAAUCACUCGUCCCUACGCACAGGAUAUCAAUUUCUAG